GUGGAAGCGUCAACGUUCCGCUUUGAAGAAGAGGCUGGCAACACGAGAGAGCUUAUAGGCAAUAAGAACCGGGACACGCUAAAUGCCAUCAACAGCCUGCUGAAGAUUGUCGAGCAACGAUUUUGCUCUCCAAACAACGAAACCCUUGCAGAGUUUGUUCCUGGGAAAGAAUCAGCAAACUACGCGGCUUUGUGGACAAAUGCAAUAGAUCAAACUAUUGAACGGGUUAACGGCCGAGGCGACCUGCCUCGUCCAAACAGGCAGUCCCACCUAGUGAAAAACAUACGUCGAACAUCUGUAGCAACAGAAAGAGAUGCAACUGCCUUACCACCACCUCAACCUACGUUAGUAGCAGAAAAUAAUGAUAGCUCUAUUAUAAAUGUGCACUACGGGAUCAACACCCAACAAACAAGUAGCGUAAACGUUUCGAUGGAGAAAAAAGAACUAAAUAGCACAGGACCCAAAAUUCCAUUUUCUCCCAACCACAGCAUAUCCUCAAAAGGAUCCUCAACAUCGCCCAUCAUUGGUUCCGAGUCCGUGGUUCUGAAGGUUUCAAAAACUAAGAGGUUACUAGGAUGUCACACAGUGUCCGUUAAUGGCAUUGUAAGGUUACCUGGCGCAUCUCAAACGACCCCUGAUGAACAAGCAUAUUUCGUCAGGUUUUGCGACCAGUCGUUGCCCGGCAAGGGUUGGACGGUGAUCCAGAGACGCGGUCCACCGAUGGGUUUUACUGGACAUCACGAUCCCCUAAAUUUCACUCGCUCGUGGGAGGAAUACAAAAAGGGUUUCGGGGACCUUAAUGGGGAAUUCUGGUGGGGAAACGAAAACAUUCACAGACUGUCUCAAGAAGAGGACUUGACGCUGAGGUUUGACUUGUGGGAUUUUGAAGGCAAUCAUGCAGUUGCCGAGUACGACUCCUUCAAACUGGCAAACGAGAGCAGCGCCUAUAGGCUGAGCGUUUCGGGCUACCACGGCAACGCAUCCGACAGCUUCUCUGCGCACGACAACUUCAGGUUCAGCACACACGACCGCGACAAUGACAUGGCCCCAGACUGCUGCCCCUGUGCCCCAGCCUAUGGCGGGGGAUGGUGGUUCUUCAGGUGA